GCCUCCCACCGCCCGCCCGUGAACUUACUGACAGCGUGAGGGCAAGUGUUUGGUGGGAGGACAAAGUUGGACGCGGGCGGAGAUUUCGGGGGCCGGUCAUGGUGUCCGGUGAGAAGGUGUGGGACCCCCUCCACGUGGGCCUUAUUCAGUCACGUCUGAACGAACAACGCCUGGCUCCCGGACUAGUUCCCCUCUGCAGCCCCACACGUACUGCGAAUAAGGACACCGCUUUUCACCAAAGUCAGCGCUUGUUACCUUUGUCUUCCCCACCACUGCCGUCAGUGGCGCUGAACACCCCCUGCCCACUUCAAGCCUCCUCGCAGUUCCAUUUGCACAGAUCAAAGACUGAGGGACUGCAUAAACCUGCCCGCUGUCCUGGUGUGGCCUCUCGGUCUAAAGAGGAGGAGGGUGAAGCUGGACAAUUCAAGAUGAAAGGCAAAAAGUUUGGCCGGGGAGAGGCCACGAUGGAGGACAGGCUGGAGGAUGUAGGUGACGGACCUAAGAAUGCAAAAAUCACCCUAAGCUUCCCGCUCAGUGCAGCUCCCCUCCCAACCUCUUUGACCUCUCCAAACCACUGUCACAGCUCUUCCUCGUCCUCCUCUUCCCCACACCGACGGCGAACAUCCGCUAAAAACUCAGACAAAGGGUCACUGUGGAAACUGGACGCCACCAUGGAUGUAAAGCACAGACCUUUCAAGCCCCCGAGACAUGACAGUUCUCCGUCCUCCUCGCCCUCCUCCUCCUCAUCUCCCAUGAGCGUCCAUGGACUCAUCAGGAAAGACAUAAAGUCGCCGCCUCCUCUAAAGUGCUCCAAACUAAAUUCAGAGACUCAGUUUCAUAGGUCGCCACCGAGGUCCUCUGGCGUCUCUUUAGGGGGCUGCUACGGCGGAGACGGAUGGGAUGAGCGGCACAGGGUGGCCAACGGCACGGCCUCGCCCUCCCAGACUGCUCAAAUCCUCUUCAGUCUGGGUGCGUCGGCCUAUCAGAGAGGUGGGGAUGUGGAGAGGAGGGAAAAAAUGUCGGGGAGACCAGCUGGGAAAGCGGGAAGUCCACCUGGCCCGAGCCUACAUUCGCCCCCUCUCCAUCUCCCGCCCCCGUUACCGCCGCCGCCCCCUCCCCCCUCCGAGGGUCUCACUGCACCCCCCCACUCGUCCUCCUUCUCUCCCACCGACGGCCUCAAGCCGGAGCUGAUAUGCGGGGUGUGCCAUCGCCUGUUCAGCUCGGCCUCCUCCCUCACGGUUCACAUGCGGCUGCACCGUGGCAGCCGCGCCCUCUGUUGCCGCUACUGUGGAAAAGUCUUCAUCCACAGCAAGAGACUGCAAUCCCACGAGGCCUCCUGCAGGGUGCCGGGCCUACACUCCAGCAGCCUGCGCCCUCCUUCUCUCGCUGUGCAGCCGAAGGAGGAACCAUUAGAGGAGGGCGAGGUGAGAGUGGAGGGGGGAGUGAUUGUGGGGGAAACAGACAUCAGCAAGGCGCGGUCAGGGAAGAAAGCGCGAAGCCUCCUGGCACGAAUCCAAGGUGAUGAUGCAGCAGGCACAGAUCUACUAGCGGGUGAUGAGAACCAUUUUGUGAAGGUUGUGGACGGCAAUGUCAUUUAUUUCUGCUCCGUGUGCGAGCGGUCCUACAUGACCCUGUCCAGUCUGAAGCGUCACUCUAAUGUGCAUUCAUGGCGACGCAAAUAUCCAUGCCAUUACUGCGACAAAGUCUUUGCCCUGGCUGAGUACCGCACCAAGCACGAGGUGUGGCACACGGGAGAGCGCCGGUACCAGUGCAUCUUCUGUUGGGACGCUUUCGCCACGUACUACAAUCUGAAAACGCACCAGAAGACAAUUCACGGGAUUAACCCCAGUCUCAUCUCCAGUGAAAAGACAGCGAACGGGGGCUACAAACAGAAAGCUAAUGCCCUGAAACUGUACCGCCUUCUCCCAAUGCGCUCCCAGAAGAGACCCUACAAGACCUACAGUGACAGUUUGCAUAAUGGCCUGCUGCUGACGCCAACUGAAACAUCUUCCCUCGGCCUGCCCGGCCUGGGCUGCGCUCUGGGCCCUGGGGACCUACAAAGCCUCAUUGGUGGGGCCCACCCUCAAAGUGUAAAGCCUGACCCAGAUGCCUUCCCUGACGGCUUCCCUGUUUCUGUGGCUGCCGAGCACAGAGACCUCUCUGCACUAACACCCCUCCCCCAGAUGGAUGUGCCCAAAGUUAGAAAACACGAGAGUGAGGCCCUGGAGUCAGCACAGGGGAGAGGCAGCGGCAGCUUCAAAACGUCCAACAGCAGCAAAACCAAACCUCUCAAGACUGGCCGGGGCACAGGAACAAACACGCCUUCUGUGAUAACAUAUGGCCAUACAAAACCCUCCGUCAUAGUUCAUGGAACAGCAGUGUCCUCCUCUGUCAUUGUGCACAGCAACCAAGUUACAUCUGGCAGUGAAAAGAGCCCAGUGAGUUGUGCAUCCCCCGAGACCGGCAACAGUCAAACUUCACUCAAAGGUAGUCCGAAACCAAUCAAGAAGCAAAGAGAUAGUGCAGAUAAUCACAAGAAGAGGUCAAGAGAAAGUUCAGAUACUGCAGAAGAGGGCUCAAGAGGCAGAGAGGAUGCAGAGACAGGCAGAUUAUUUUACAAAUCGCGCAAGUCCCACAGCAAGAGCGACAUAUCCCAUUCCAAGCAGCUGUCAGCAUCUGUAGGGUCACAGGUCAAAGAGGCAGGGCCACUGUGCCAGAUUACUGUACGUAUCGGAGAGGAGGCUAUAGUGAAACGCAGCAUCUCUGAGACAGACCUCAGGAGAGACAAGAGUCUCUCCCCUCCGAAAGCCAAACGGAGUGAAACGUCGUCUGUACGGGAAGCCAGGGAGCAACGCCACUCUCACUCCCACCACCACAAGCAUCGCCUUCAAAGCAGAGUCAGCGUGGAAGAAGAGGGGGACAAGGACAGAGACAACUGUGACGAGGAGGAGGAGGAGGAGGAAGAGGAGGAGGAGCAGGAGGACGAGGAGGAAGAGGAGCAGGAGGAAGAGGAGGAGGUCAGGAAAAAGUCCAAAUCCCCUAGCGAAGUGAGGGAGUAUUACUUCCGUCAGGAGGUGCGUGAACAAGACAGUGACCACGACACAGAGGAUAAUUUAUGGCGACCUUACUACUCCUACAAGCCGAAGAGAAAGGCCCAAGCACAUCUACAGAGAGUGAAGAGCUGGCAAAGAAAACUAAAGUACAAACGAUCCAUCCGGCUGAAGAGGAGGACAGAGAGACUUAAAUGCCUUGUGAAUAAAGAGACGGAGAAAUCACAAGACGAAGAGGAGAACGGGACGACGGAGGAGGCAGAAAAAGCGUCAAUAACUGACAAAGACAAGGGAGAUGGAUUUAAAAAAGAAUGUCUGUCUACCACUGUAAAAGAGAAAACUAAAAAUGCAGAGGACCAAGUCGAGGAGACCCGUAAUGAGGUUUCCACCCCUCCCCUCUAUUCUGCAAAGCCUUCUCUGUCUACCUCAGCAGCUCCGGCUGGAAUGAAGAGGCGGCCUUGGACUAAUGGGAAUGCAGCAGAGUGUGGUACAUGUGGCCGCUGGUUUUCGAGCCCCAGGAAGCGAGACAAGCAUGAGCUAAGCCAUCUGCUGGAGUUUGUUUGCCUCUUCUGUCGCGCUACUUUCCCCUCAAGAGACAAGUUGGAAGACCACCAGAGAACGCAGCACCCCAAGCCUGCUGAGACACCCUCAGUACCCCCUAAAGUUGAACAAGUUGAAGUGCCCAGAAGCAAAUCUGUGCCAGAAAUUGUGAAGUAUGACGAAGAAAAAGCAGGGCUCGGAGGCUUGGGAGGGAGUCAUUCUAGUCCAAGUCGCCUAAGUAGAAGAGCAUUAUCACGACACACCUGUCCACAGUGUCAUAAGGUGUGUAAGACGUCCUCAGCACUAACCCGCCAUAUCAGACGCCAUGAGUUAAGCAGUUCUCCAGAGAGAGAGAAAGAAGAUAAAGUCUCGGAGCCAAAAACAUCAGAGACGUUUGUUAACCCCCUCAGCACAGACCAAGAGACUGAGACAAGACACGCUCCAAGUGCUCUCUCCGUUUCAGUUAUCAGCUAUUCAUCACCAGAGCCACACGGUAGCAGUGACUGUACGACAUCCCAGCAGCGCGACGACCACCUUGAGCUCCCACAGGAAAAUCAGACGUCAGAAUCCAGUCGUGAACGCGAACCGACAAAGCCUUCCGAGCCAGGGGCAAAAACCGCAGACCCGCCAUCAGAAAGCCCAGUUAACCUUACACCCCACAAACUUGAAUCCAUGCCUGCAAUACCCUCUAAUGUCCAGAGUGUGCUUGUGAUGAACGGACCCGAAUGCCUGGACUAUCGCACUCCGAGCAGAAAGAACCUCGACGGCCAGCUCCACAGAAUACCCAGCCCUGCGCACAUCCUGGCAUCUGCCAACACCUCUCCAAAUGUGCCCAUGACAUCACAGACCAGAAUAACCACUGCUGCUCCUCCUGUUUCCAUGACAACAGCUCCCAGCUCCGAGGGGGGAUUUGCGAAACGGGAUGGGGUCAUUAUGGACAGAGACAGGCACGGUGGGAGUGGCGUCUUUCUGCACGCAGGUUACAAGGAAGCUCCUCUGGUCCAGGACCUGAGAGUCCCGGCACUGUCAAGGAGUCCCUCUCCCGAACAAGCACAGGACCUGACCAUGUCGUCGAUACUGGCCAGAGAGAGGGAGAUAGAGAGGCAGAAAGAGAAGGAGAGGGAGAUGGAGAGGCAGAGAGAACUUGAGAAAGAGAGGGACAUUGAGAUAGAAAGAGCCCAGCAGAUUAGUAGAGUAGCUCACACCUCAGAGGACCAAAUUGCACUGUUGGUCCCUAAAGAGGAGCCCUUAAGCCCAGUGCCAUCUCCCCAACAUAUUCCCACUCAAACCACUAUGAAUGGACCCUCUGCACACAGGCACACUCCCAAGUCCCCUUGCCAGUCCCCGUCAAAUAUUGGUCUGUUAGCUCAAGCCAAUCGCCAGAUUCACUCAAGUUCGCAAGGACUGGACCGGCUGACGCUGCCCACCGGAGCAGCUGGUGCCGGUGACCGCCCCUCUGCCCACGCUCUGCUCCUCCCCCGAGUCCCGCAGCCACCUGAGCCAGACCAUCCAGAGACUGUUUCUUCCAGAGACUCCCAGCAAGGGGAUGCCACCCCCGUGGUGUACCCUUCCCAGGAUUACCCACUACCCCUCAUUGUGCCGGACAGCUACCGCACUGGUAAGAAGCAAGAGGAAAGCCUGCUCAUGUCCUCUUAUCCACCUGGAGCUCUUCCUUUUGGCCCGCUGGGAAAAGUGAUGGUCCCUAACGGCGGGGACCUGGCCAAGCUGCCAUUCUAUCCGGACCCCUACCAGCUGCUUUACGGGCCCCAGCUCCUGGCCUAUCCAUAUAACUUGGCAGCGUUGCCCGUGGCUUUGAACAUGAUGGCACCUGGGGGGGACAAAGUGGAGCCUCUGCCAUUCCUCCCUGCCAUCUUCAACUACGCAGCCACUGCUGGGCCUUACAUGGGUGCAGCUCCUCACCCUCUUGUGGCGAAUCCCAGCCUGUACAGCAGCAGCAGCGGCGGCAGCGGCAAGAAGCAACGAGACAGCAGCAGCAGCAAACCGUAGAAGCGCUUUAAGGAAUAUUUUUCAGCGGGGACGGCUUGGGAGUGGGAGGGGUGCGUGCUCACUGGGUCAUUGAGUUCACUCGCACAGCACCCUUGCCAUUCUUUUAUUCAAAUAGCGAUCAGAGCAUUACAGGAGGAGGUGCGAAGGGAGAAGGAGCAAAGAAAGGAAGCAAUGGGGGAGUAUAUAUAUAUGUAUAUAUAUAUAUAUAUAUAUAUAUAUAUAUAUAUAUAUACAUAUACAUAUACAUAUAUAUAUAUAUAUAUGUAUAUAUAUAUAUAUAUAUAUAUAUAUAUAUAUAUAUAUAUAUAUAUACAUAUAUAUACACACUCCCUAUCUUUACUCCUGCUCAGUCACCUCCAUGUCUCUCCUGUCUGGCUGUAAUGUGUCGUAGUUCUAGAGCUUGAUUAAUCUUCCUCUCUGACUCAUUAUAUUGUCUAUAAUAUAAGAAUAAGAACUGCUAACAGGGUGUGUGUUGUGUGGAAAAAAUUAGUUCAGUCUACUUCCCUUUAUAGUCACCGCAUAAUGAGGAUAAACGCUCUUCAGGGAGAGCUUGUAUGGGCAAAGAUAGGGGAUAAGACAGACCAGUCCUUAUUCAUCGCGGUUGAAGACGGAGCAUUUAAGGAACCUUGUGUAUUUUUGUAUGAACAAGUGAGAACGCAGGUGCAUCCUGUUGUUAAACUGUCUGUGAAAGUUAUAUAUGAGCAUGUACAUGCACACAUAUGUAGGGAUUUGUGCAUGCAGGGUUGGGCUGCAGCAGGUAUUACUGUGUCUGAGCGAAAGCGUGUGCGUGUGUGUGUGUGUGUGUGUGUGUGUGUGUGUGUGUGUGUGAGCGUGCGUGCGUGUGUGUGUGAGAAAGAGAAAGAGAUGGUUAGAUCAUUCCGUUUUAGACGCACACAGCAUUCCUACUCUAGUCCGGGAAAGGCUACGGUAGGCCCACGUGCAUAAGUGCUUUUAGACAGGAUUCCUCAUAGUUAAACCAUUAACGAGUCAAAGCUAUAGCUGGACGUGAGUCUGUGACAAAGACAGAUCAUCUGAGCUCCGACGUCUCAACAGGAACGGCGACUUUGUGUCCUGACGACACUGCAGGAUCUGUAUAGCAUUCACCAUGGGUAUACCUUAUGUGCACAAAAUAGACGAGUAGUGGUCACUUAACGGGGACACUUGUAGCUGCUUUGGAAAUGUAGCUGGCCACUGGGUAAGAAUUAAAGGCUGGUAGAACAUUGCACUUCUGUUUUUUUUUCAUCUCAUUUCCUUCAAAAGAGAAAAAAAAAAAAGGAAAAGAAAUCUAUAAAAUGCCAGUCAGCCUUCAUUUUGUGUAGCUUUUUCCUCUUUGAUUGGAAGAGGAAAAGGCUCCAUUUCCUAAGCCAGGAGGAAGACAAGCAACAGCAAAGAAGGAAAAAAAAAAAAACAAAACAAAAAAAAAAGCAAAAUGGAUUCAGGGUAUUGCAUAUUUCUGGAUAGGAAGAGAAAUACAUAUGGGCACAAAACUGUCAGACUCUGAAUCAGAAGGUCACACAAGAAAAUGACACUGGGGUCGAACUAGGUCGUCGUGCUCGCCUGAACAAGGAGAGAUUGGAAAAAGUCUGAACUCCUUCCCUUCCUGCCCUGCGUCACUUACCACGAGGUGGGGGAAAAAGGCUGGGCUCUGCAGCCAAAGCGGUGGCCGAAACUCUCCAGACGCCCCUCCCGGGGGUCUUUUUGUUACGUGUGAUGUUAUCUCUACAUGUUUGUUCUGUUCGACUCUGUUGUUGUUUAUGUUGUUUAGCCCUCUUACCGGACGGACGUGGCUUCAGUGGAAAAGGGGGGAAUAUAUUUUAAAACAUGAAUGUAAAUUUAGUCAUGAGGUUAAUGAAGUACAGCUGCAUUAAUGGUAGAGUUGGUUUCAGUUCCUUUUUUUUUCGUUUGUUUGUUGUUUUUUUUUUGUUUUGUUUUGUUUCUGUUUUGACACAAAUAACCUGUUAAA